UAUGCUGUUUGUGUGUCAGUAUAAAAGCGCCUGUGCAGGAGGUUUGUCCACAUACCAUCUGACAACAUGAAGCUGCUACUUCUCAUGACCGUGGUGCUGCUGUGUAGCACUCAAGUGCUCACACUCACAUGCUACACCUGUGGUGGUGCAAGUGACCCCGACUGUAAUACAGAGAUGGUGUGCCCACCGACAGCUCAGUUCUGCAAGACCGUAGAGUCAGAGGGCGUUAUCACCUCUCGGACCUGCGAGGCUUCGUGCUCUGAAGAUGCUGCUGGCGUAUCCUGCUGCUCGACAGAUUUCUGCUAGAGACCAGGCAUCACUCUUCCAGAUGUCACUUUCGUUUUCUUGCUCAAUCAAAAAUAUGUUUGAAAAAAUUUUAACUUGAACCAGAACAUCCUGUCUUUGAUUUCUCAUGUUAUUGUUCACUUUCAAUGAGACCUCUGGUAGUCAAAGCCAUGUCUUUUUUUUCCUUUUUAAAUGAAUAAUGCUGGAAGCUGGGCAGCUGCACACACACACACACACACACACACACACACACACACACACACACACACACACACACACACACACACACACACACACACACACACGCGCACACACACACAGGCACACAUGCCAACAAACACACUUAAUCCCCUCUUGAUGUCACUUAGUGGGUCACUGCACCAGCCGACUGCUAUGUGGGUUGCUGUCUGUCUGUCUGUGUUGCAAUGCAAAGUUAGACUAUCAACUAAUCUGUUUCAAAAUCACUGAAUGGAGAAUGAAUAAAUCUUUGAAUUGAUCUCA